AUGAACCAACUGGAUGCGCCGCGGCCAAUCAAUUGGACUAUCAGGAAACUGUGCCACGCAGCCUUCCUGCCAUCUGUACGCCUACUCAAGGCGCAGAAAUCAUGGAUAGAGAGAGCGUUCAGCAAGAGAGAAUGCGUUCAUAUCAUUGUGAGCGCCAAAGACCCCCAUAGGUGCUGCUGCGGUCGCCUGAUAGGACAGCAUGUGGGCCUUCCCCCCGGCAUCUCAUCCAGUCACAAUGAUACCAAGAAUGACGCUCUGUCUGAGAAGUGGUCCAUCAGCAAACACACUCAGCUCAGCCCGACGGAUGCGUUCGGCACCAUUGAGUUCCAGGGAGGAGGACAUUCCAACAAAGCCAUGUACGUGCGAGUGUCUUACGACACCAAGCCGGACCUGCUGCUGCAUCUGAUGACCAAGGAGUGGCAACUGGAGCUGCCCAAGCUUCUCAUCUCAGUCCACGGGGGGCUGCAGAACUUUGAACUGCAGCCUAAACUCAAGCAGGUUUUUGGCAAAGGGCUCAUCAAGGCUGCCAUGACCACCGGAGCCUGGAUCUUCACCGGAGGGGUCAAUACAGGGGUCAUUCGCCAUGUGGGUGAUGCGCUAAAAGACCACGCCUCCAAGUCCAGGGGAAAAAUCUGCACCAUCGGUAUUGCUCCCUGGGGGAUCGUGGAAAAUCAGGAGGAUCUCGUUGGUAAAGACGUGGUGCGUCCGUAUCAGACCAUGUCCAACCCAAUGAGCAAGCUGACGGUUCUCAACAGCCUCCACUCGCACUUCAUCCUGGCCGACAACGGCACCACGGGGAAGUACAGCGCCGAGGUCAGGCUGCGGCGACAGUUGGAGAAACACAUCUCCUUGCAGAAGAUCAACACGCGUAUUGGCCAGGGCGUACCAGUGGUGGCUCUCAUUGUGGAAGGAGGCCCUAACGUGAUCUCCAUCGUGUUGGAGUACCUCAGGGACACCCCGCCGGUCCCUGUAGUCGUGUGUGACGGCAGCGGAAGAGCCUCCGACAUCUUGGCAUUUGGUCACAAAUACUCCGAGGAGGGAGGGUAG